GAAGCCACCAUGCAGCUGCAGUUCCGGAGCUGGAUGCUGGCUGCGCUCACGCUGCUCGUGGUCUUCCUCAUCUUCGCAGACAUCUCAGAGAUCGAAGAAGAAAUCGGGAAUUCUGGAGGCAGAGGUACAAUCAGAUCGGCUGUGAACAGCUUACAUAGCAAAUCUAAUAGAGCUGAAGUUGUGAUAAAUGGCUCCUCAUCACCAGCUGUUGUUGACAGAAGUAAUGAGAGCAUUAAACACAACAUCCAGCCAGCCUCAGCCAAGUGGAGGCACAACCAGACGCUCUCUCUGAGGAUCAGGAAACAAAUCUUGAAGUUCUUGGAUGCUGAAAAGGACAUCUCUGUCCUCAAGGGGACCUUGAAGCCCGGAGACAUUAUUCAUUACGUCUUCGACCGAGACAGCACCAUGAAUGUGUCCCAGAACCUCUACGAGCUCCUCCCCAGGACCUCCCCGCUGAAAAACAAGCACUUCCGAACCUGUGCCAUCGUGGGCAACUCAGGGGUCUUGCUGAACAGCGGCUGUGGGCAGGAGAUCGAUAUGCACAGCUUUGUCAUAAGGUGCAACCUUGCCCCGGUGCAGGAGUACGCCCGGGAUGUGGGGCUCAAGACAGACCUGGUGACCAUGAACCCUUCAGUCAUCCAGCGUGCCUUUGAGGACUUGGUCAACGCCACCUGGCGAGAGAAGCUACUCCAGCGGCUGCACAGCCUCAAUGGCAGCAUCCUGUGGAUCCCCGCCUUCAUGGCCAGGGGUGGCAAGGAGCGUGUUGAGUGGGUCAAUGAGCUCAUCCUGAAGCACCGAGUCAACGUGCGUACCGCAUACCCCUCUCUGCGCCUGCUGCACGCCGUCCGCGGAUACUGGCUGACGAACAAAGUCCACAUCAAAAGACCCACCACCGGCCUCUUGAUGUACACACUGGCCACGCGUUUCUGCAACCAGAUCUACCUCUAUGGCUUUUGGCCCUUCCCGCUAGAUCAGAACCAGAACCCCGUCAAGUACCACUAUUACGACAGCCUCAAGUAUGGCUACACCUCCCAGGCCAGCCCCCACACCAUGCCCUUGGAGUUCAAGGCCCUCAAGAGUCUGCAUGAGCAGGGGGCUUUGAAACUGACUGUCGGCCAGUGUGACGGGGCCACGUAAGUGGGUGCCCUACGGGACUCAGUGGCUCACAUUUCCUGCCAACUACACCACAGGCAGAUGGGAGUCGGGGUGGCACAAACUAUAGAAUAAGCAGGCUAGUGGUUUUCUUUGUUCAAGUGUAAAACAGUGACCAGAAUAUAUAUAUCUAUACCUGCAUAUAUAUAUUGACCUGAGUAUUUAUAACUGUGUGGUGUUCAUCUAGCAUUAGGCAGAUAAGCCACAGGAAGAAGGUAUGGAGAACCCACCAGCAUUGAGACUCGGUCCAUCUUUGGGGGUGGAAGGACUCGACAUGAAAAGAAGCCAGUCCCAUGACUUUGGAUGACAAACUGCAUCCUGGGUUGAAGGGAUCUUUGGGCUCAUGGAUGAUUAGAGAGCCACCUGUUGGCAGCUGCCUCUGGCCUCUGAGAAAUGUGGAUUCUGGGUGAGCCAAGACCCAGAGGGGACAAUUUUAUCCAAAUCUGAAACGGUGCUGUUGACGAGGAGAGGGAGGUCAGAGAGUUCAGCUGGGCAAAGGAGCACAAGGACACCAAGAAGCAGAGGCCAUGUCCAAGCUGAAGGCCUUCCCACGACCGUAGAGUUUAAAUGCUCAAGGGAUGAACCGCAGUUGACCCACCUGUCCCAGUAGGCCUCCCCAGCAAUGGAGAGAAGGCUAGAGAAGAAACAAUGGACAGUUAAAACUGUGGCUCAGCAAGAACCACCAAGAACCUGGGACGGAGCAAGCAGAUGACACUAAAGAGCUGGGGUGUUGCAAAUCGUGUCUUUGAAGAAUUUCCACCUUCUGCAAAGGGUUGGCACUACACCCCCAGAAGAGACAGAAGAGGCUCCAAAAUGUUGUCACAGGUGUUCCCUAAAGCAACUUGAAUCCACCAAGGAGGAAGGGACCCUGGGAUGUCAUCCUCAGAGUUAGCCUCCUUCCUGCCCUGUAUGUCACAUGAGGGACUAUACUGUCCCCUUCCCGCCACCAGGGAAGCCACAGCGAAAUCUUGAAAAGGUACUGCAAAGAUAAAUGUCAUCCUUUUUAAAAUAUAUAUGAUUGCCUUUCUGGGUGCCCCCAGAGCCCCAGAGUGUGAGACUAAAAAAAUGUGAAGUGUUUAGCUCCAUUUUUCUGCAAGCACUCUCUCUGUUUGCUUUUGGCAUUGUGCACACCACGGGGCCUCUGCAGCCAGACCGAUGCAUCGGCGUCACUUCUUGUCGCUUUCCACCCUGAUGGUCACACUAGCCAGCACUGAGCUCCAACACUGAGGUUUUCUACUCUGCAGGGAAAGGUUUCAUUGUCCACCUCCAGCCCUUUUUGCCCCAGAGGCAAUGAUUUUAGAAUUUUGAAAACUCUACUUUCCCUUUAUUAAGAUAGUUAAGACUUUUUUAAAACCCAAAGCCAAAUGCAGUAUCCAAAUACUGGACAUAGUCUCCCUGGGGGAAACCUGGGCUUGAUGCCAGCAACUUAGGGGCUGGGAUCACAGGUCACAUAGAGAGAGACAAGCAUUAGCCAGCUUGAUUUGUUAGAUAUAUUUUCUUGCCUGAUAAAUAAGUGUUUUAAGACAUAUUUGAAAGAUAAGUUAAAAACCAUUAUCUUGAAGGUGAAAGGAGUUAAGGAAAGUAAUCAAGAUCUGCCCCCCAAUAUAUGAGAGCGGACAUAAUCAAUCAAUGGCAAUUUGGAACAGGACAUUUGCUCCUAAUUAAUGGCUGACAGGAAGCCAGCAGAGGAUAUUCAGAACCAUUAACACCACAUCCAGACGCUCCAGCUCCAAACUGCGAUUAUGAUUCUACAUCUGUUUCUUUCCUUGUUCUUGUGGAUGCUCGAAGCCUGAGAUUUGGGAUUUGCAUUAUAAAAUGAACAUUUAAGGAAGCACCAGCCCUAACAGCCUCUGUGGGAACUGAGUGGUUUGGACUCAUCAUGAGAAGUGCAGAUAAUUAGUAUCAUAUUUUACACUUCUCCAGGGUCUUUCAUCUUGAGGAUCUCAGAGGUCCUGGAAGACAUUUAACUUCUGAAGUUUGCAGAGCCGUGGGAAAUGGGCAGGAUUGCCAGCAGGGCCUCUGUGAAUUCUAGAACAUUCCAGUGGUGAGCCUUGAAGUCAGGUCCUAGAGUUGGCUCUGAGCUUCAACUACCCACCAGCAUUCCUCCCUGGGGAGUUUAAGGGCCACAGCAUUUUGGAAAGCAUGGUUUUCUUUCUGUCCCAUCCUGGUUUCUUAAAUUGACACUGAUGAGAGUUGAAGUAGAAAAGCCCUUACAACCUGCCUCCGGGUUCCCUCCAAGACGCCCCACAUGUCACCAUUCUCCAACUCACGGGUCCUGCACUAACACAAAGCUUUGGCCGUGGGAUGGCGAGAGCUCCCGGGGCCUUGGCCUCCCCUCACUCCUCAACCUUCUGCAUUUAGGCACGCACUGUCAGGAGGCAGCCCUUCCUUCUAUGCCUCGUUAGAGCUCAGUUUGAGUGAGAUUCCACUGCAGCCUCCGGCAUAAGCCAGCUAGCCUAGGGGACAUGGGGGCCAAGGAGUCCCGGCCUAUCCCCUGUAUCUGGGGUGACCUCCUGUGGACCCUCAGUCAAUCCCCAGUUGCCCUAAUAUCACCCUCCCUGAAGCCCCUCGGACCUUCUCCAUUUUCAGGUCCUCUCAAUGACUCCCACUGUUUGCCUCCUCCUUCACUGAAGAAAUAGAGCUGGUGAAAUGAGGUCUCUCCUCAAAAUCUCUUGAUCUCUCCCCUCCCUUCGUCUUCUUCCUCCCAUUUCUGAGGAGGCAACAUCUGCCCUCAUGCCAGUGAUAUUUUCUCUGACACCCUCAGCCACUCCUCUGCAGCCUCCGCCCUCUCUGUUCACGAACCAGUGCUCAUUCUAUCCACCUUGGCUCCUACGGCCUCUCCCUCACCUUCCCUUCACCCCCUAACCUGGGAAGGGGUCUCCAGGCUUACACUGCCUUUCCACUCCCACUUGGCCUCCAUGCCCCUUGCACCCUCCAUGAUACCCAUCAAAAGGCCUUUCUCAUCACCAAGCUCUCCACAGCUCUUGGCUCUACAGUGACCCCUCCUGGACACUCCCUGUCCCUUUGGUUUUCAGGACGCCAUGUUCUUGUGGUUUUUCUCCUCCCUUCCCAAGUGCUGCUUCAUCCCUUAUUUAUGUAUUUAUUUAUUUAUGUAUUUAUGAUUUAUUUAUUGACACCCUUAACCUAAAAAGGAGCAGAGGUAGCUCUGACUGUGAUUUCCCUCUCUCCUCCUUGCCCCCAACACAGACAUUCCCCCUUUCAUUACCUCCCUACGCUCUCCAUCAGCAACCUUACACCUUCCUUUGGGUCCACCCUCCACACUUCCCUGCAGCCCAGCCCCUCUCCCGGGUUCCAGGCUUGCACUGCACAUUCCUUGUUAGACAUUCACCCCACCUGCUCUGGCAGCGCCAUAAACUCAACACAUCUGAAGCCAAGUUGACCAUCUCUGCCUCCCCUUCUGUUAGAAGACCCAUGAUCCUCUCAACCACCUAGUUCUGAGACCCUCAAGGCAUUUUCGACCCUUCUCCACAUAUUUUCUUGCUGCUCCUUCCCACCAGCACUGCCUUGGCCUCCUUGUCAUGUGGGCAAUUUCAGCAGCAGUCCCCUCUCCUAGGUUUCCUCUGGGCAUGCUUUCACCUCCAUUGCAUCCUGAACAUGCACAACGAUUUUUAUCUCCAGCCAUUCACAGACUUUUAAAAGUUCCCCUGGCCCACAGAAUAAUAUACAAGUCUUCAUUCUGAAUUACAGACCCCACAAUAGGAUCCUGUUUUUACUUUGUACCCUGCACCUGCUGUCAUUCCUGGAAGGGGUGCCUGGUUUUCCUAUCUCUGUGCCUUUGGUCUUGCUGUUCUCAUCUGGAUUGUUCUCACUCCUGGAACGCUCUCUUCUGUUUCCUUCAGGCCCAUGCAGAAACCACAUCUUUCAUGAAGCCCUUCCAGAUCUACCAACCGCUGGGAUCUCUCCCUCCGCUGAACCACCUUAGCACUUUAUUUGUACCUUUCUCAUGGCACUUACCAUAUUCUGCCUUGUAUUAUAGUUAUUGUGCACUCGUCCUUUGACUGUUCUUAGACUGUAAGCUCACCAAGGGCAGGGACUGUGUUUUAUUCAUGUGUCCAUCAAAGCACCAGGAGUGGUGCAUAGCACACAGCAGUUGCUCAAUAAAUGUUUGUUGGAUUAAA